AUGGCGAAACUCAGUCUCCAGCACGUCGACGUCCAGCACAAGCGCGUGCUCAUCCGCGUGGACUUUAACGUGCCGUUCGCUCCGGACGGGUCGAUCGCUAACACGCAGCGCAUUGACGCGGCGCUCCCCACGGUGCAGUACGUGUUGGACAAUGGCGCGACGGCCGUCGUGCUCAUGUCGCACUUGGGGCGUCCAGACGGCCGACCCACGACGAAGGACUCGCUCGCGCCGGUCGCAGCUGUGCUCGAGCAGAAACUCGGCCGCACCGUCACGUUCCUCACGGACUGCGUCGGCCCCCACGUCGAACAGGUGUGUGCCGAGCCCCCCGUGGGGAGCGUGAUCCUGCUGGAGAACCUGCGCUUUCACGUGGAAGAAGAGGGCAAAGGCAAAAGCGCCGACGGCAGCGCUGUUGUCGCGACGGCGCAGGACGUGGCGGCCUUCCGCGCGUCCUUGAGCAAACUCGGCGACGUGUACGUGAACGACGCGUUCGGCACUGCCCAUCGCGCGCAUAGCUCCAUGGUCGGCGUCGACCUCCCGGUGAAAGCUGCUGGCUUUCUAUUGGACAAGGAGCUCGUCUACUUUGCCAAGGCCCUCGAGAGCCCCCAACGCCCGUUCGUGUCGAUCUUGGGCGGGGCCAAAGUCGCGGACAAGAUCCCGUUGAUCAUGAACAUGCUCGACAAAGUGGACGCGAUGGUCAUUGGUGGCGGCAUGGCGUACACGUUCAAGCACGUGCUGGCGCAGAUGGCGAUUGGCGACUCGCUGUUUGACACGGAAGGCGCCAAGAUCGUGUCGGAGAUUGUCGAGAAGGCCAAGGCCAAAGGCGUGACGCUGCACUUGCCGACGGACUUUGUCAUUGCCGACAAGUUUGCUUCUGAUGCUGCGAAAAAGAGUGUCACCGAGGAAGAGGGGAUCCCAGCGGGCUGGAUGGGGCUCGACAUUGGUUCAAAGUCGAGCGAGGCGUUCUCGGCUGCCAUUGCGACCGCCAAGACGGUUGUGUGGAACGGCCCCAUGGGUGUGUUUGAGUUUGACGCGUUUGCCAACGGCACGAAAAGCGUCAUGGACGCUGUGGUCCACGCGACGGAAGCGGGCGCCACGACGAUCAUUGGCGGCGGCGACACGGCCACGUGCUGCGUGAAGUACAAGACGGAGGACAAGGUCAGCCACGUGAGCACGGGCGGUGGAGCCAGCUUGGAGCUCCUCGAGGGCAAGGUGCUGCCCGGCGUGGACGCUCUAUCCCCGGCGUGA